AUGGCCACCAAGAUAAAAGACAUACUAGGAUACCUUCUAGAUGAGGCAGAUGCCGCGGAGGAGGAAGAUGUCGAGGAUGACAGUCAUCACCAUCAUCAUCAUCAACAUCACCACCACUACCACCACAUCAAGGACCAAUUAGACGACCUCGAGCCCUCCAGCCAUGUCCGGUUACUACAACAGCUCCUCUGCGUCCGGCAUCCAGAACCGGCUCUCCCAACAGAAAUCCUAGAAGGCAUAGAUUCUAUAUUACAACAGCAGAAGUCACGAAGAGUCUUGACACAGGCAGGGUCGAUCCAGUCAGCUGCAACGCUGAAGCGGGAAAACUCCACAGACGUCAGGCUGUCCCUCUGGCAGGGAGACAUCACGACCCUCGCCGGACUCACGGCCAUUACUAAUGCCGCCAACAGUCAGGGCCUGGGCUGCUUUCAGCCCCCGCAUCGCUGUAUUGACAACAUCAUCCACUCGUUCGCAGGGCCUCGGCUGCGGCACGAGUGCAACGAGGUGAUGCGGUCCCGAGGCCGCGAGAUCGAGCCAGGCGAGGCCAUCGUCACGCGGGGACACUGCCUGGCCGCGAACUACGUCGUGCAUACCGUCGGCCCGCAGCUGCGGCGCGGUGUGGGCCCCACUGCUCUGCAGAGAGAGCAGCUGGCGCGGUGCUAUGCUUCGGUGCUCGGCGCCGUCGACGGCCUUCCCGCAACGACGCCCGACGGGCGCAAGAUUGUCGCGCUGUGCGGCAUCUCUACGGGCCUGUUUGCGUUCCCUGCGCGGGAGGCAGCGGCGGUCGCUGUGCGCGCCGUCGCCGAGUGGCUCGAGGAUCACGAGGGGACAUCCGUCACCGACGUCGUCUUCGACACCCUCACCGACGAGGACGCUGCCAUCUACGAGGAGGUCAUGGCACGUGUGCCGCGGCAGCGGGUGGGCUGGUCGUCGCCCACACUAUCGAGCGAGGGCAGACCUCAGCCACAGCCCGUGAUCCGGUGUGACUCGCUGGACCGUGCGAGGGAGUGGCUUGAAUCCGCAGACGCAGUCCUCGUCAGCGCGGGCGCGGGUCUGUCAGCUUCGGACGGGCUGGACUACACGUCACCGGCGCUGUUCGCGAGGCACUUCCCUGGCUUCCUCAGGUACGGGCUGCGGACGCUGUACAGCGUCUUUGGGUUCACAGGGUGGCCGACGGAGCAGGUGCGCUGGGGCUAUUUUUUCACGCAACUGGCUAUGGUCCGCGCCUGGCCUGCGUCGGACAUGUACCGCACGCUCAUCUCGUGGUUGGGGCGCCUUGAGGGGAACGCGCACGUCAGGACAUCCAACGCCGACGGGCUCUUCCUCGCCAACGGGCUUGACCCUGACAGGCUGUCCACGCCGCAGGGAGCAUACGCUGUGUUGCAGUGCCUGGCCAACUGCCGUCCGGAUGCCACGGUGCCAUCUGCGCCGCUGGUCGAGGCAGCGCAGUCCGCCCUGGACCCAGUCUCCCAGGUCCUGACCGACCCUGACAAGGUCCCUGUGUGCCAGUUCUGCGGGGGCAGGAUGAAUAUCUGCGUGAGAGCAGGAGAUUGGUUCAACGAGGUGCCAUUCCAAGACGGCGAGAGGAGGUGGAAGCAAUUUCGCAGGGAGACGGUGCUCGGCGGUGAGAAGACGACAGUGAUCCUCGAGCUUGGCGCCGGCAUGUCGACCCCAGGGGUGUUGAGGUGGCCGAAUGAGGACCUGGUCGCCCGGGGCGGGGGAAGAGUGAAGCUGAUCAGGGUGGGCUUGGGGCCUGAGACCGCUGUGCCAUGGCGCCUGGACGAGGCUGGGCUGGCGAUCAACAUCGACGGUGACAUUUCGGCAGUUGUUAGAGAGCUGCUGAGUAAAGAAAUAGAGCCAGCAAUGGCAUGA